AUGAAGACAUCUGCUGUCCUCGCGUCCAUCCUUUUCGGCUCCUACGCCGUUGCUGCGCCCUUCGAUAGGCGUGCACUCGUCUACAAGACCGAGGUCGUCACUGAGACCGUGGUCGUCUACACCACCGUCUGGGACGACGAGCCGGUUGCCCAGGCUACUACCAGUGCUGGCGAGUUCUACGAGAAGCCCGGCAAGCCAUCCACCACCAGCACUGCCGUAGUUGCACCCACUUCUUCCGUUGUGGCCUCUCCCUCAGCUGCCCCUUCAAAGGCUGCCCCCACCACCUCCAAGGCUGCCCCGGCCUACACUCCUGUUGUUCCCGAGGAGCCCUCAAGCGUCUACACUCCUGUGGAAACCCCUACUUCAGUCUACACUCCUGAGCCAACUACUCCUGCUCCUGCCCCAGAGAGCUCUUACGUAGCUCCUGCUCUUGAGCCAACUACUACUGCAGUCACUUCCGCCGCCCCUGAGCCCGUCUACUCUGAAGCCGCUGCUCCUGCUGCCCCAACUGUUGUGUCCAACUACCCUACCACCGGCGGCACCUCUGCUGGCGUCUCAUUCAACGAUGUAGAGAUCACCAUCUACGACAACACGGGUGCUGCAGGCGCUUGCGGUGAGUCUCUUACCGAUGAUAUGAAUGUCGUCGCCAUCAGCCAAGGCGCUUGGAACGAGAUGGGCGGAACCACCCACGACAUCAUGACCGGCGAGUCCACCAACCCGUGGUGCGGAAAGAACAUUGAGAUCGAGUACCAAGGCAAGACUGCCAACGCUAAGAUCAUGGACCUUUGCCCUGGCUGUGUAAACAGCCACGAUAUCGAUCUCUCCCACGCUGUCUGGAAGGAUCUUGGUCUGACCGAGAUCACCCGCUACUCUGGCGUCAACUGGAAGAUUGUCUAA